UGCGGAGGAAUUUCUUUAGCCAGAGUGCAGUGAAUUUGUGAAAUCAGCAGAGCGAGCUGUGGAGGCCAUGUUGGGGGGUAUUUAAGAGGGAGAUUUUGUAGGUUACGAUAAGAAGGCCGUGGAGUGGGGCUGUGAGGAGGGGAAGAAAAAGAUCAGCCGUGAUUGAACGCCGGAGCAGAUUCGAUGGGCCAAGCGGCCUAAUUCUGCUCCUGUGUCUUAUGGACCCGGUUUAUUGUCGGGGAGACGCACCGACCGGUCACGGUAUCCUGCUUUCCGCUCUGAUUUCGCCGCAGAUCUGCAGCCUGCAGCUUUUUUCCCCGAGGCCCCCCACCCCUUCCGGCUGUGAUGUGAAAAUCACAUCGCGCAUGCUGAGAGUCCGCGGAAUGGCAGUGAUUUUUGGCCGACAGAGUACAGUCACCAUUUUGUGCUGCGCAGCACAAGCAUCUUUUCCUUUGUUGAGGAAAUCUGAUAUUGCCAAUGAGUCCCGUUAACUUCCCAAACUGUCGACUUCACCUCGCUUCCUGGAACUUCUCAAAAACUUUUUCAGUUCAGAUAAGCCGGUUUUAAGCCUGGUGAUAUGUGCUUCGGGGCUGUUCUACCUUCUCCCUAAUUGGGGUGGGUGAGAAAGGAGAAUGUCCCAGGUUGUGGGGAUCUUUCAUUUUACCGAGAGAGUGGGAAGUCCAGAAAGAGUUCAUGUAGAGGAAACUGUUUUCUGUGAUGAGCUGAUCUGUGUCCGUAACUCUGCAGUUCCUUGCAGUCACCAUACCAAGCCAUGAAGUAUCCGGAUGGAAAAUAUGCUGUAUUGAUAACAUUUGGUGAUGGGCAAAGCAUACCAAAGUUCUUGUGGUUUGUUCUAGGUUUGUUCCUUUGGGAUCUUUUAUACAGUAGUAUUGUGGUGAACAUUUGUUCCAUAAUGACAGACGAGGUAGCUCAUUAAACUCAGCAGUUUUAUUGUGAUAAACUUAAAAUAGACCAGCCAGCAGGACCCGGAGAGUGAACCUAACCAGUGUCAUACAGACAAGGGAGGUAAUCUUCACACACCCCACUUACAGUUAGGGUGGCCCAGAAAUAGACAAGCAAAAACUGUACAAUCCAAGCUAAAAGGUAACAAUAAAUGAACUGGAACAUACCAUCAUAACCCCACAAAAGCAUUUUCACACAAGAACAAUAAACAGAGCUGUUUGGAUUUGGGUAUUUGAUCCUCCACAAUAUUCCACGUGCGAUUUUAAAAUGGAUGUGGCAGUGUUUUUUUAAAAGGUCGAGUUGCAAGAUCGACAGCAACCUGGCAUGGAUGGAGUGCACACUUGGGAGUGGUCCGUCACUGGAUCGAGCUCAGACCCUCCGUUCGCGAGCCGGGAGCUGAUACUGCACCAUCAGCCGACUCCACAAAUUUAGACCUGUGUUGAGAGAUUUAUUGGAAGAAAAGCCCACAUCUGGAAGCAAACCACGACUGUAGACGAGGGAACAGCAGCAAGUGAACCUGCCCAAGGACUGAGAGCAUCAACUGGACAGAACCCAUCUGACUCAGAGUUAACAUUCAUUCAGUCAGGAGAAAGUUUGAGCAGCAAAAACUGAUCACAUCUGUCCUCAAAAUGAGUCAAGGUUCGAGCAGUGGAGGAGCUCCAGUGACAUCAACAUCGGGAAAGGACACAGAACUGAUCACACCUGUCCUCAAAAUGGGUCAAGGUGCCAGCAGUGGAGGAGUUCCAGUGAUGUCAACAUCGGGAAAUGAUACAGAGCAGCAAAAACUGAUCACAUCUGUCCUCAAAAUGAGUCAAGGUUCGAGCAGUGGAGGAGCUCCAGUGACAUCAACAUCGGGAAAGGACACAGAACUGAUCACACCUGUCCUCAAAAUGGGUCAAGGUGCCAGCAGUGGAGGAGUUCCAGUGAUGUCAACAUCGGGAAAUGAUACAGAGCAGCAAAAACUGAUCACAUCUCUCCUCAAAAUGAGUCAAGGUUCGAGCAGUGGAGGAGCUCCAGUGACAUCAACAUCGGGAAAGGACACAGAACUGAUCACACCUGUCCUCAAAAUGGGUCAAGGUGCCAGCAGUGGAGGAGUUCCAGUGAUGUCAACAUCGGGAAAUGAUACAGAGCAGCAAAAACAGAUCACAGCUUUCCUCAAAAUGGGUCAAGGUGCAAGCAGUGGAGGAGUUCCAGUGGAGUCAUCAUCGGGAAAGGACACGGAGCUGCCAAAACUGAUCACACCUGUGCUCAAAAUGGGUCAAGGUGCCAGCAGUGGAGGAGUUCCAGUGAUGUCAACAUCGGGAAAUGAUACAGAUCUGAGAGUGAUCACUGAGCUCCUGGCAAUCUGUGACAAUUUCCAGCUGCUGCAGUUGACGGACUUCUACCGGGACAGGCUGGAGCAGGCGAUGGAAGGAGGGGUGCACGGAGUGAGCCUGGCGUUAACGGCCGAGAAUCAGUUCAGCGGAGAGGAACAUCGGAAAAUCUCUGAUCUCGCUGAUAAGGGAGAGCGGGCGGACAGUUCUAAACUCCUCCUGAGCCUGGUGAUGGAGAAAGGCUCCCGCGCCCCAAGGGUGAUGUGGGAAACCUUUGUCAAAAUGCGGAUUGGUGUUCCAGAUUUGGACAAAGUACUGAAGGAAAUCCAGAUGUAUGGGCCGAGCUCAGUGAUCACUGAGCUCCUGGCAAGCUGGGACGAUUCCCAGCUGCUGCAGUUGACGGACUUCUACCGGGACAGGCUGGAGCAGGCGAUGGAAGGAGGGGUGCACGGAGUGAGCCUGGCGUUAACGGCCGAGAAUCAGUUCAGCGGAGAGGAACAUCGGAAAAUCUCUGAUCUCGAUGAUGAGGGAAAGUGGGCGGACAGUUCUAAACUCCUCCUGAGCCUGGUGAUGGAGAAAGGCUCCCGCGCCCGGAGGGUGAUGUGGGAAACCUUUGUGAAAAUGCGGAUUGGUGUCCCAAAGUUUGACAAAAUACUGAAGGAAAUACAGAUAUAUGGUUGUGAUUCUUCCCAUCGACCAAUUCCCGCUCAAAAAUUACUAAAGUUUCUCGGUGAGCUGAAAGAUGUUCAACAGAAACACAAGGAGACUCUGCGGGCACAAACUGAAACACUGAGAGUGAACACAAUCCUGAUGAGGGAGAAGGUGAAGGUUUUCCAGCUGGUUGAUCGAUACGCUGAGCUCACGGUCAUUUCUACUGUUCGAGAUCGGAGACUGGUGGAACAGGAGCUGCUGGCAAGAGGCAAAGACCACGAGGAGUUGAGAGAAAAACAUCUCAGUGGACUCCUGGAAAAACUCCAGAUGGAUCAGCUGUUUCAGAGCAGCUUUUCGCGAAGUAAAUCCAAAUCCGGGAUGUCCGCAGCAGUGGCCGGAGUCCCGGGGAUCGGGAAAACAACAAUGGUACAAAAGAUUGUUUAUGACUGGGCCACAGGGAAAAUAUACCAACAGUUCCAGUUUGUCUUCAGUUUCAAAUUCGGGGAUUUAAACACCAUUAACUGCAGAAUAAAUCUGAAGGAACUGAUACUCAAUCGGUAUCCUUACUUUGGGAAUAUCUUGAGAGAGGCCUGGAAGAAUCCAAAGGGAUUGCUGUUUAUAUUUGAUGGUUUGGAUGAAUUCAAUGACACAAUUGAUUUUGCUGACAGUCAGAAAGACACAGAACUUCAGUCCACAUGCACAGAUCCUGAAUUCAAGUGCAAGGUGUCUGACAUAGUCUACAGUUUAAUCCAGCACAAGCUGCUCCCAGGGUGUUCAGUGCUGGUGACCACCCGUCCCACUGCGUUACAUUUAUUGGAAAAGGCAGACAUCAGUAUCCUGGCUGAAAUCCUGGGAUUUGUUGGUGAACGGAAGAAAUAUUUCAUGAGGUAUUUUGAAGAUCAGACGGUGGCGGAAGCUGUUUUCAAUUAUGUGAACGAGAACGAGAUCCUCUACACCAUGAGCUACAACCCCUCCUACUGCUGGAUCCUCGCUCUGGCAUUGGGCCCCUUCUUCACACAAAGAGACAGGGACCCGCAACGAGUUCCCAAGACCAUCACCCAACUGUACUCCUACUAUAUUUACAACAUCCUGAAAAACCACGGCCGUGAGAUUGAGAACCCACGUGAUGUGUUACUCAGGGUUGGUCAGUUGGCCUUCAGAGGAGUGUCCGAGAAGAAGAUUGUGUUUACAGAUGGAGAUUUGAUCAAGUACAAUCUGCAGCCUUCCCAGUUCCUGUCCGGGUUCCUGAUGGAGCUUUUGGAGAGAGAGGAUUCUGCCCGGAGUGUGGUGUACACAUUCCCACACCUCACCAUCCAAGAGUUUGUAGCUGCAGUCGCACAAUUAUAG